GUACGUGGUUUGUAAUACUAACAACAUCAUAACCUGUAAUAAUACAUUAAUGUCAAAAAUAAAUGUUGAUGAUUUGUGUAUUUUUUGUUAAGCGCUUGUAUCUUAUCUGGUUAAAGUUGUAUCAGUGGACUAUAUUUUAAUAAAAAUGAGUCAAUAUAUGAAAGAUGUGUUAGCGAAAUUUUAUCAAAAUCCGGCGGAAAAACGUGAAGAAACCAUCAAGAUAUUGUGUAAAAUUGCAGAUAACAUUUUAGGAAAUCCUACAGAUAAAACAAUCCGAAAGUUACAGAAAACUAAUCCGACAAUAAAUAAUAAAAUUUUAUGCAGGGAUGGAGGAAAGGAGUUAUUAACAAUCAUGGGUUUUCAAGAAAAAGAUGCCUAUUUUGAAAUGCCUAUCGAUAUUCCUAUAAAUCGUGUUCAAGAAUUUCGAAAAUUGGUCGUAACUUUGAAUCCAAAACAGAAACAGCGUGAAAUAACUCAUUCAAAUUCGUUGUUACAUAGAUUACAAAACUAUUCAGCUAACAUGAUUAAGUAUGAAAAUAAACAAGUGCAAAAACGAAUAUUGGAUUUAAUGCCUAUAUGGCAAUUAGAGGAAGAUGCGCAAAAAAAAUUGAGAGCCAUUCACUGGGAUUGUAAAAAAAAUCAUUUACCAGAACCUAAUAUAUCUUUACAAGAUACGUUAAUUCACGAAUUAUUGAGGUGGUUCAAAGAAGAUUUUUUCGAUUGGGUAAAUACUUUACCUUGCGAAUUUUGCCGAGGCGAAACUGUAAUGUCCCACGUCACUUCAAAUCCUCAUAUGUACGCUGACCGUGUAGAGAUGCAUAAAUGUACGAAAUGUCAAAAAUUUACGCCGUUUCCGCGAUACAACGACCUAAAUAUCCUUUUGGAAACGAGACGUGGCAGAUGUGGUGAAUGGGCGGACGUAUUUACAUUAUGUUGCCGCGCCAUGGGGUGGGAUACCAGAUUUGUCGUCGACGAAGAAGACCACGUAUGGACCGAAGUGUUUUCAAUAGCGCAAAAACGUUGGUUGCAUUGCGAUCCUUGCGAAAAUAUCCUCGAUACUCCUUUGGUGUACGAAAACGGUUGGAAUAAGAAACUCUCCUACGUCAUGGCUUACUCAGUAGACGAUAUCCAAGACGUCACUUGGAGAUAUACGACUAAAUACCAGGAAGUACUCGGUAGGAGGAAACAAUGUACGGAGGCGCAACUUUUGAACGAAAUUUUUAAAAUUAGAACCGAGAGGCAGAAAAAUUUGUCGAUAUACAGGAAGGCGUAUCUCGUCAAAAGGAACGCUAUGGAAUUGGCGGAAUUUUUAUCCGAAGGGACAUCGAAAGAAGGCGAUUCACGACAACGAAGUUCCGGUUCGGAAAGUUGGCGAUUGGCCAGAGGAGAAAUGCGAAAAUCGUCUGAAUACGUAUGGGAAAUAAAACCGUCGGAAAAUAAUGGCAACACUGUAUCGAUUAGUUAUUCGUGCGCUUUGAAUAAAUAUAAACGCGGUACCGAAAGUGGCACGUCAUUAGAAAUCGACGAUUGGAACCUGGGUGCUUACGAGGUCGAAAAUAUGUUUAGGAAAAUCGAGAACGAUUGGAAAAUGGUUUAUUUGGCUAGAAACGAUGGUGUUUUGGAUGGUAAGGUUAGGUGGGUGUUUCGAAUCGAUAGUUCGGGUAGGAAAUUGGACAAUGUACGUUUGGAAUUUGGACACGAAACGUUCGAAAACGGUCUAGUUACCAUUAGAAUUUCGUAUGGUGACAAUAUGGUAACACUUCCUAAAGGCGAAACGAAAAUGUCACUAGACAAUUUGAUGGACAUAAAAACAUUAACAGUAGAAGCUAUAGUAUCAGGAGGUAAAGGUGACACUUCCUGGCAACACGCCCAACUAUUCAGACAGUCCAUUGACAGUACUUCCUAUCCUUUCAAUUUAACUUUUACCUUUCUACCCUAAAGACAUAAUUAAUUUUAAUUCUUCCACACGAAGUAUAAGUUUUUAUCCUAAAAUAUAAGUAAAACUACAAAAUAUAUUUUUAAAAAUUAUUU